AUGGUUCCAUACAGGAAGAGACAGCGGGUUGACAACAUUCUUGCAAGGACAACAGUCGAAUCAAUAACAUUGACCCAAUGGUUCAAACUCAAUCGUAGGGAUCCAUGUGCACAUUCUCUCCUCUAUGUUGAGAUACCAACAAAGUAUACUUUGAUUGCUAAGGAAGUUGACUGGUCACCACGUAAACAAGGCUUUUCACUAGGGCGCAUGGCUUAUAUCCAUCCUGGCUCAGGGGACACUUUCUACCUCCGUCAUCUGCUCACGAAGGUUCGUGGAGCACAGAGUUUCAAGGACCUGCGGACUGCCAAUGGCAUUGUCUGUCGUAACUUUCAAGCAGCUUGCAAAAAGAUGGGUCUUCUUGCAGAUGAUGAUGAGUGGCUCUUGGUUAUGGGAGAGGUCGGCCAAUGGGGCAUGGCAAAGUUGGUGAGGUAUUUGUUUGUUUCUAUGUUGCUGUUCUGUGAGCUGGCAAACCCGAAGAAACUCUUUGAUCAAACCUGGGAACUAUUGUCCGAAGAUAUUGCAUACAAAUGCCAAAAGGAAGCUCGCUUAAACGGUGUUUCUAUCUCGCCCGACCUUUUUAAGAGAAUUACUGUUGCACGAGCUGCAGCAACUACUACAGAGCUAUUCAUCUUCCCUCUCCCACUUCAGCCUUCCCGUUCCAACAUCAGAGUUUCCCCACUUUAA